AUCGGUCUGAUUCGGCGCAUCUCUACAUUCGUUAUUUGUUGCUCUGUACUGUACUGUCAUCGGUCUGUCAGUCAAUUGUAAUUUUUCGUCCGUUUCCUUGUGUUUCGGAAUUAUUGUGUCGGCUUCAAAAUGUCCAACAAAAGAAAUAAGGAUAUUCAACAUGAGGAGAGUGAUAGUGAGGAAGACCAAGGCUCUGGAAGCGAACAUGAUUCCGACUUUGAUUCGGAUGGAAAUUUCGUCGGUGAUAAAGAGUUGCAAGCAGAUUUUGAAGGCAGAAAUCCAGAAGACUGUGAUUUUCAUGGUAUCAAGCAAUUGCUCCGCCAAUUGUUUUUAAAAUCCAGUGUUGAUUUAGGUGCUUUAGCAGAAAUUAUUAUUUCACAAAACUACAUUGGUAGUGUUGUAAAGCAGUGUUUGGAUGAUGGACAAGAAGAUGAUGAUGAUGAAGAUGAUGGCAGUGAUGGAGUGUUUGGGAUCACCACUAUAAUUAAUAUAACAAAAAGAAAAGAUGAAAAAUGCAUAGAACAAAUUAGGAAUUUAUUGACAACCCUAGCAGAAGACAAUGCCAAUGACAAAACAAAAGCAUUGAUUAAAAAUAUUUUAACAGAUGAAUCUAAUCAAGUAGGACUUGUUAUAAAUGAAAGAAUCCUGAACAUUCCAGCUGCAAUAAGUGUUCCACUGUUCUCAUCACUGCAAUCUGAAUUAGAUAAGGCAGUAAGGAAGAAUAUGCCAUACACAUUCCAGUACCUUAUCUGGAUAUGCAAAACAUACAACACUGGAGAGCAAUCAUCAGAAGUGUUAUUUGCUAACCAAGAAGAGAAACCUAUAGCUGAUGAGGCCCUAGCUAGUUUCGACGUAGAUGUAACAGAACAAGCUGAUCUCUCACAGUGGGAUUAUGAAGGAGGAGCACUUACACCAUGUAGGAAGGUAACUAAAACCUGCAUAUUACCUAUUACUCAUAUUUUCUUAAAAUAUCGGCGUGCCGUACUGGGCACACAAUCAGCUGAUAAGCGUGAUGGUUCAGUGCAUAUCAAUGUAAAAUCUGUCAAGCGUCUCACGAAUGUUCUUAUUUUCGAUGGUUCAAAGUUGAAUAAUUUAAUUAGACUCAUAAAGGAAGAAGUCGAGGCUGUAUAAUCGUGUACUACUGUGUUACUGAACUACCGCGACAUUAUAUGCCAUUCAAUACAUUGUAUUUAUAUUUUAUUAUCACCUAAUAUAAGCUUUACAUUUAAAUA